UGUCUUCUGCAAAAAAUGGCGGCAUGCAUUCGCGGUGAUUUACGGUGAACGUUCACACGUUCAUAUUUCUUCUUUACGUUUGCAUGACUGAGCCUGAAACAACUAGUAUAUGAUGUAUUCCCACGUGCCCUUAGUUUAUUAUGCUGCCCUUCGUCAGUUGGCUCAAAAGACUUGUCCGACGCGUUUUGGCAGACACGUGCACGGGCUUGUACAGUCUGAAAGUAAUAUUCCAACGAUAACGACGCCGGUAUAUCUUGAACACAAACUGAAGAAGCUGAAGCAGAAGUACGAAGCCAAAAAAAUAGAGGAAAUACGAAAGAAGAGCCGGCAAGGCAAGAAAGACCAUCCAGUGAUAACUUGCAAGCGUCCAGAGUUAAACUUCUACCUCCACCAAACCUACUUAGACAAUGAGGAAGUCCCACUCGCUUCCAAGGGGUGGUUCCAUCGGAAAUCAAGGGGAGAUCACUUCACCAUUCAUAGGCUCAGUGGAAACCCCUCACUUUCCACGGGAGACGAAACCUCCGAUUCUGAUGACGAGAACAGCUCCUUCGAAAAUUACAGGGUACAUCCCUUGGUUCUGUCAGGGCUUCAUGAGAUGGGGAUACGAAGGCCGACACUAAUUCAGCAAGAGGCGAUACCGGCUAUCCUAAAGAACCACAACGUCUUAUGCUCUGCAGAAACUGGGAGUGGGAAAACACUGGCCUAUCUUGCACCAAUCAUGACCUCUCUAUUGGCAAAACGGGCGCUGGGCAAGCCACGGGUCACCAAGGCAGGAGCUCCUCAGGUAUUGAUCCUCGCCCCCGGCAGAGAGUUGGGCGUUCAGAUAGGGGACGUUGCUCAGACGCUGGGUCAGCAUUGCAGCAUUAAGGUGGCUACGCUGAUUGGUCAGGAAGGUAUAAAGGGGUGUGAAGAAGCAAUGGAAGUUGUCGUGGCAACUGCUGGUACCGUCGUAAAGCUGCGGAAGAAGGGGAUACUGGACCUUUCCCUGCUGUCUCAUGUGGUUAUCGACGAAGUGGAUACCCUUCUUGACGACUCGUUUAGUGCUGUCGUCACUAGAGCUUUGGAGGAUGUGAAGGUCCAAGGCAGUGUGAACUGCAUGCCUGGAGAGGGUGUUCAGCUAAUGCUCGUAGGCGCAACCCUGCCCAGUGAGAUUGUGGAACCUCUGGGUGGCCUCAUAGAGGAGGAGAACCUUCUGCGUGUUUCGACUCCGCAGUUGCAUCGGCUGCUUCCUCACGUUCAACACAAGUUCCUCAGACUCAGGCCCAUGGACAAGGCUGGUGCCUUGAUGGAUUUGGUCAAAAAAGACGUGAAUGCUGGAAGGGCCUGCAUGGUGUUUGCUAAUGCUACACACUGCUGUGACUGGAUUGCUGGUGUCCUAGGGGACUGCAAUGUGCCAGUUACGAAACUUCACGGAUAUCUUUCUGCGCAGUUGAGGAAAGAGAACUAUGACAAGUUCCUCUCUGGUGAGGCACUUGUGCUUGCCUGCACUGACCUUGGUUCACGGGGAUUAGACACAACGCAUGUCGAGCACGUGUUGAACUUUGAUUUUCCGCACCACAUGUCCGACUACAUUCACAGAAUAGGGCGUAUUGGCCGUGUGGGGUCCAGAGUGGUUCAAGGGUUUGCCACUAACUUUGUAAUUACACCUCCUCAAGUGGAACUUACCCAGAAAAUAGAGUUGGCAGCACGACGUACAAAGGCGCUUCCGCGCGUCGACGCCAACAUCUCAAGGUUUCUCGACGAAAGGAACACUGCCAAGGAGUUCGAAGCGGGAGCAAAGGAGCAACCUGGAAACCUAGAAAAAAAUUCGGAAAGCUAGGCCCGAGAGUCUUUCCCGUUGUAAAGAGUGUGUACACUACGGAAUAUAGGAAGAAGAUGCAACAUUCUGCCUCCUAUGUGCAAGACUGGUGUGAAUGUGUAGCAUAUUUCUAAUAUAAUAAGCACCUGGUGCAUUUGAAUCAGCACGUACA